UCCCCUCUCUCCAGAAUUAGAGGCUUGGGCUAAAUCUCCCCAAGGGCCUUUCCACCCAUAGAAUACCCAGAGUAUUCUAUGAUACAGUGAAGUGGGUCUGGUCUGAAGAUUUUUAAUGUAGUACUUAUUCGACAUAUAUUGAGUGCCUGCUGGAUACAGGUUUCAGCAGCUGACAUCACUGCCUUAUUUCAUGAUGAUUCCUGACUUUUCCCCUCUCCAUAUGCAGGGUUGGCCGGCGGCCUGUGCUACUGUUUUCCAUCAUCUUUAUCCUGAUCUUUGGACUGACUGUGGCAUUGUCAGUGAAUGUGACAAUGUUCAGCACACUCAGGUUCUUUGAAGGAUUUUGCCUGGCUGGAAUAAUUCUCACAUUGUAUGCACUACGAAUAGAGCUGUGUCCCCCUGGAAAACGGUUCACAAUCACGAUGGUGGCCAGCUUCGUGGCCAUGGCCGGGCAAUUCCUCAUGCCUGGGCUGGCCGCCCUGUGCCGGGACUGGCAGGUGCUGCAGGCGCUCAUCAUCUGCCCCUUCCUGCUCAUGCUGCUCUACUGGUCGAUAUUCCCUGAGUCCCUGCGGUGGCUGAUGGCAACCCAGCAGUUUGAGUCUGCGAAGAGGCUGAUCCUACACUUCACACAGAAGAACUGCAUGAGCCCAGAGAGUGACAUCAAGGGUGUGAUGCCGGAGCUGGAGAAGGAGCUUCACCGGAGGCCCAAGAAGGUCUGCAUCGUGAAGGUGGUGGGGACACGGAACCUGUGGAAGAACAUCGUGGUCCUGUGUGUGAACUCGUUGACAGGGUAUGGGAUCCACCACUGCUUCGCCAGGAGCAUGAUGGGCCACGAGGUGAAGGUGCCACUGCUGGAGAACUUCUAUGCUGACUACUACACCACUGCCAGCAUCGCGCUAGUGUCCUGCCUGGCCAUGUGCGUGGUGGUCAGGUUCCUGGGGCGCAGGGGAGGGCUGCUGCUCUUCAUGAUCCUCACCGCCCUGGCCUCGCUCCUGCAACUCGGGCUUCUCAACCUGAUCGGGAAGUACAGCCAGCACCCGGACUCAGGGAUGAGUGACAGUGUCAAGGACAAAUUCUCUAUCGCAUUUUCCAUCGUGGGCAUGUUUGCCUCCCAUGCAGUGGGGAGCCUCAGCGUGUUCUUCUGUGCAGAGAUCACCCCCACGGUGAUAAGGUGUGGCGGGCUGGGGCUGGUGCUGGCCAGCGCGGGCUUCGGCAUGCUGACGGCCCCCAUCAUUGAGCUGCACAACCAGAAAGGCUACUUCCUGCACCACAUCAUCUUUGCCUGCUGCACGCUCAUCUGCAUCAUCUGCAUCCUCCUGCUGCCCGAGAGCAGGGACCAGAACCUGCCCGAGAACAUCUCCAAUGGGGAGCACUACACCCGGCAGCCGCUGCUGUCGCACAAGAAGGGAGAACAGCCGCUGCUGCUCACCAAUGCCGAGCUCAAGGACUACUCGGGCCUCCACGACGCCCCCGCUGCAGGCGACGGGCUGCCAGAGGGCGCCACAGCCAACGGCAUGAAGGCUAUGUAACCAGUGGCACAGUCCUGUGGGAGCCUUGGGACAGUUUGGCACAGGUUUACAGACCAAGGACCAGAUGGUGGCCGGGGAUGGGCAAGUCCAGCUCUGCAGCUGCUGCCAGCCAAUCAUAAGACUUUCAACUGGUGUGGGGAAAUUCUCUUUCCAAAAGUCCAAGAAAGCAUGGGUUUGAGGAGACUUAACUCUUUGGAAAUAAUCCUUCAAAGACUUUCUUUUUUGCCAUUAAAUAUUUGUAUUUAUUUUGGUCAUUUUUACGAGAAGCACUUUAUUCCCUCUCCCUCUCACUGAUUGCAGAAUGGAACCAUCUCCUUCGACAGCAAGAGACAGUCACUCCAGGGAAGAUGCUGGCAGUGGCCACCACAGUGGCCAGUCUCCUCCCUGGAAGUGGGACACUGUUCCAGGGACACUGCCUGCCACCUGGGGGCCAGAUGUCACCUCACCUGCCCAGAGCCCACCCAGGCUGCCUGCCUGUGUACAGAGGCAGGAAACUCUCAUGGAGCGUUCUGGGACUACAUUUUAGACAGAAUGAAAUGUAAAUGAACUAGGUUUUCCAAGAGUCUGUGUACGGUUUUUUAAAGUCUUUUUUUUUCUUUCUGUUUGUAUGGUAAGAGCUUCCGUUCCAUGUGUUGAGGGAAAACAGCUCACAGAUAUCAUUAAAACCAGCUUAGUCUUUCUUCUGAUCAUCCUUUUAUACCCGACACUGGAAGCUCUUGGUUUUGGAAAAGCUUAAACAUCUGACCAGAAAUCUUACAUGAUCAGCGGUAAUAUCGCCACAGCUUUCUGACCCAGAUUUGCUUCAUUAAGUACACAACUAUCAAAUGUGCUGAGGUCUGAGACGUGUUAAUUUUUAUUAAUAACUAUUUUCCCACAUUUGGCUCCAGCAGAAAAGUCCCCUCCUGCAGUCAGCUUUUUUGCCGGCACUACUUGAAAACAUGACUACUUUCUGACCUACAAACAACAGGAAAAGAACUCACAAAGAUGACAGAGGCCAACUCACAGGAGGGAGGGCUGCUCUCCCUAAUACGGCCCGUCACCCACAUCUCAAGCACAUACCACGGAGAUCACCAGCUUGGACAGCUGUCACUCUCACUGAUGUCACGCCCAGGGGGCACCUGGGGCCGCUGGUCCCCCCACGCCUUCCUCAGUCUGCUUCUUGCUUCUUGUCACUCACUCAGCACAGAGCUGGGGCUUAGGGCAAGGAGUGGCGAUUCCUCACAGGUGAGUCCAAAUGACCUCCAGCCCCUUGAAAGCAUCAAGGCAAACUGAGAGAAAGCAAUAACUCACCAAAGUUUAGUUCAAAUCCCCUUGGCCCACUCUCCAAGGAUUUUCAUGGUGUUCCUCAUUUUGCCCCAGACAGUGAAGGUUUCCUCGUUUUCAGAGGAAACUUAUAGGACACUCAGGGCCACUGAGAAACGAGCCUCCUUGGUGCAGGCAGGCACCACUCUGCAGCAACUCAGGCAGCAGCUUUUCUGGACAACCUGGCUUCUUACUGGAAUUGUCCACCUCACCCCUUUCUAAAGUGCAUCUUUGCUGUGGUUUGUAUCCUUCCAGGAAAAUUUUUGCCUCGGGUUUGGGUAAGGCAAUUGUGUGAGAGUUGCUAGAAUUCAAAGGGCCAGAAAAGGAGUUGACCUUCUCUCCUUCCAGCCUUCCGCCUGGUUUGCUUCUUGCCUUCUCUGCCUGCUUCUCCUCCACAUCUGAUCCACACAUCAGUAGGAGCCCACUGACUUGUAGGCAUAGUAAGGGGCAAACACGUGUCCCCUGUGUUUCCAGCAGCUGAACAGAGCCCUGUUCAAGGCCCAGUGCCCAGGAAGGGAGGCUAUCUGGCUGGCCUCUUCCCAGCUCCACCUGCUCCAACACAUCCUCACCUUCCCUGGUCUCUAAGUCACCUUGUUCCAUGUCUCAAUGCUAGUGUGCUUUCACCUUUACAAAGGCCUUUCUUCAGAUCUGUGCAGUCUUCUUGUGCCAAAAUUGUGAGAUACCCUUUUUUAGAGUACUUGCUACAAAGCCAAUUGGCUUGGCAACAAACUCAUUAAAUACGGAAUAGGGCAAAUCCAGCAGCCAGGCAAGUAGGCAAUGGGCAGGUGUUAAGGAGCCAGUGAGGCCCCUGGGCCUACACUUGGACAGGCGCACGUCUGCACAUUCCCCCAGCAGGAGGCCACCCUGCCAUCUACUUACUGUGCUGCAGAAGGUCUUACUAAGCAAUGCAAGUCGUGAGCACUCUCACUGGUCAUGUAGACCUUUUUUAAGAAAUGUAUUGAAGCUGUACUAGAAAGGUGUGAACUUCUGGUCCUCCACAGUCUCUGAUCUUCUUAAAUGACAACAGUGAAAACACUCAUCACAUCAGCAAUGAGAACUAAUCUCAAUGACUAGAAGCUAGCUUUGAGGCCUAGGCUCUUGGGACCAAAGUCUAGCAGACGUGAGUGAGGCUGACUUGCCAACAGUUGGCAGGUGAUUAUCUCCUGGCUAGCAAGGAGGUCCCAUAGCCCUCUUCUCAACUGCUCCUGUUCUGUUGCCGCCUCGGCUUAAUAAUAUCCGAAGCUCUAGAGGAACACCUCUAUGAAAUGUAGCCAAAGCAGAAAAGUUUCCCUGCAGGCAGAGCCCCAUGAUAUCCGGUACCAGGGGAGCAAGGCGCACCUAGGCCUGACACACAUCCAGGCCCACCUGGCUUCUUGGUCUGGGGGUGUCAGGGGUGCUGUGGCAGCCAGCUUCUUAGCACCAGCCUGUUGAGCUUGAGCCCCUCAGUCCCCUCUCCUUCUUGGUUAGUAGGGAGACACUUCUCAGGCCCCUGCUGCUUCAAUUCAGCCCUCCCACCCCCAGGGAAACACAGGAAGCUGUGUCCUCCCUGCUGCUCCCCUCCACCCGGCCCUGCGUCCUGCUAGCCUAAACUGUCAGGGAGCUGUGACCUCUCAAUAAAAGUCAUGCACAAAUGUGAAAACCUGAGACAGAGCUGUAUAUUCUUCAUGUUAUUUUCCAAAAGUCGGUAACUCUUUAUCAAGUACCUUAAUUAUUAGCACUCAAGACAAUUAGGAAAAAGUUUCAAAUGUGUUUGUUUUCUAAGAGUAAAAUCACCUGCAACUGGAGGACGGGGCUGGUAAGCGGGUUUGGCCACUUGCAAGGGAAGUAUUGCACUCAGACACUACAGCUUCCUAGAGCCAAAUGAGAAACGUGGGACUGCAAGUGCCAUGAGUGUGUCAUCACACCACCCAGCCCCCAGGUGGUGCACGUGCUGGGGGCCACACUUCCACUCUGUCUCCUUGUCUUAAAAAGACACCACCUCACUUUAAUGUACUGUGUGUGUUUUGGAAAAGCAGUAUGGUGUGUUAUGUCUAGUGAGGAAUACGUCCCUCCCUCUGUCCUUCCUGCAACCCAGACAUUUGAGGUUUUACUAUAAGAACCGUGUUACUGUACAUGUCGAUGGGACUUCUCUGACGGUGCUCGUUCAUAGCACAAGCUUACACUGAGUUCUGAACUGUCGUUCGCAGCUGUGUGUCUGCAUGGUGUCGCAUCUGUUGUACCUUUGGGGAAAAUUUGUAUGUAAAUGUACAGAAAUAAAAAUGUUGCCCCAUUAACAGAUUUCCUACGGAAUGUCUUCCCUACCUCACCUGAUGGUAUCCAACAAAGGGCAUUUCACUACCAUGACGACAAGUAAUAAAAAUCCUCCAUGUUUAUUCAGACCUCACUGCGUCACUACUUUUCACGCCUCUGUAAACUGUGUCUUCACUGGCCCCGAGGGGUGGUGGGUGGGUAGCCUCUUGCUCUCCUUUGAGAGGCCUCCUCUCAAAAGGCAGUCAGAGGCAGAGACUGGAUUGAACAUAUGGUUUAUCUAGUGUCAUUCUCAGACCCCCUGAGAGACUGGGUGGGGUCUCAUCAGUCAAUUUAAAAGGAAUUAUUUUCUCUUGUUCAUUUAUGUUCUGCUGAUCUGUGCCCUGAAAGUUCCUAGAGAGGUCAAGAAAUGAAAAUCUUACACUGUGAUUCUGUGAGGAAAGACUGAUAACCCAAACUCUCUAUUGUAGUAUUUUUUAACCAAAAGACAAUAUUUCUUUAAUAAAGUAUUUAUACCAAA